AUGCCCCCGCGGCAAAGGCGGGCAGGGCCGCCCGGCCACACGCUGUCCUCCCUCCCAUCCCUCCCCUCCCCACCAGCGACCCUGGUGGGACCCAGCGAGCGACGCGCGCCACCGGCAUCCCCCGCCGGCUUUAUCCCGACGCCGCCUGUCCCCUCCAGCACCCCGACGUCCCGGCGCAGCGCUCCCGCCCCCUCCGCCGCCCCAUUGGCACGCGCGGCCCCGCCCGGCCCCGGCGCUCACUGGGGCAGGCGCGCGGCACUCACAGGGCCCCGCCCCCGCGCUCCCUCCCCGUUGGCUCCUCAGCGUCCGGCCCGCCCACGAGGCACCACCCCUCCACACUGCGGCCAAUCGCGAGCCAGCGAGGGGCGAGCCAAGCCCCGAUUGGCGGUGCCCCCACUCCCCCCCGCUUCCCGUGGCUGUGAUAGGCCGGGGCGGCGGCUGGUCCCGCCCCCGCAGCGCUCCGGGCGCCGCUCCCCUCGGGCCGCCCGGGCAGGGCUCCGGCCCCGGCCCCGGCUCCGCGCAGCCCCGCGCCGGCGGGAGGCGGCGGUCCAGGAUGCCUCCGCGCCCCCGGACAGAGCAGGACCCAUCGCUGCCGUUAGGAAGGCCGGUAUCAUCAAGGUAGCUGGGAAUCAAACGGCUUUCUGGGCACGCAGCAGCGUCGCUGGGAAACAUCAAGGAAGUGUCCUAGCUGCAGAGGCGGAAUUACUGGCGUUGCUCUUCCAAGGCGAACCGGCGGGCUUCCCUCGCAGAAGCAGCCUGGCUCCCACUCCCAGAAGCCGGCAGGGCAGGGCAGGGCAAGCUGCCGCCACCCCGGUUCGGCAUAUAAAGCACUUGCACUGCUCUGGCCAUUGGAUAUUCGCUUUGAUUUCACGUAGUUCCCGCAGGCACCAGGCUCCAAGGUUUAUCGCAAUGCACUGGCAAAGUCUAAGAGUCUUGAAGACAGUAAAGUGAGAAAACUGAAUGGAUAACUAUCAAUCUUACAAUAGAGAAGCAAAACAGCAGCUCAGAGUCAUCAGCAGCUCAAGCAUGUCCAACCCCACAAAAAUAAAUUUAAAAUAUAUUUAUUGUAUGAUGAGAGGUAUGAAUAAAAAAACGCCAGUAUACAUAGUUUCUGGUUCUAUUCACCUAUCUUGUUUCAAGAAUCCAAUCUCCUCUAUAGCUUUCAUUAGUCUAUUUGCCCUAUGCCCUUCACAUGUUCACAGUGUUACUUUUAUAGUUCUCUACCAAUUUCAGACCUUAAAUCUCAAAGACCUUCCUUCUCCUAUCUUCAGGCAUGGACCCUUUAUGUACAGCCAUCAGAAAGCUGCAAUUUAAACCAAAUUCUGGGGUAAAGAGACAAUGGCUUGCUCUGCGAAAGGCUUACAGGGAGUGGUACAUUCCACAGGCAAGUAUGGGCAUAUCAGCAUAUGGCAAGCUCAAGCCACAGUACUGCUUGUUUACAAGAAAAUGCCAAGGCGUACCUUGCACUAUCAAAACCUUUCUUUUCCCCCUCAACUUCUCCUUAUUUCUCAAAAACUGCAAGCACCCGCUAGAGCUGCCACGGCAUUAACUAGAAUCAAGCACACAACUCCCUAGUCUUCCACCCCAUGACAAUCCAAAUUUAUACUGCUCUCGAGCUCAAGAGUUGCCUAGCAGACCAUCACUUAGUCCUCACCCAGAAAACCUCUUUUUUUAGGCAACAGAGAUGCUUUCCUUCUAGGCAAUUCUGGCCAGGCGUCUUUAGGAAGCGGGUAGCAAUCCUGGGGGUCACGUACCGGCAGCUGGAGCCGGCAGGGACAGGCAGAAGCUUUGGGCCGCCCUUGGCGAGAGC